AUGCAUCUUAUUGAAAUGAAGGUUUCAAUGCCGUUCACCAAAUUCAGUGUAUUACAAAAAUUGACUUUAAAUGAUUGUGUCAAGGCUCAAGAGUGUGAUAAACUGUUCUACCCUUCAUCAUUAAAGUCGUUAAGCAUCGACUCCGAUAGCACCUUUUUGAAAGGAAUCGGCAAAGUUAGUUUGACUUCCCUUUCGAUCGGAGCUGCCGAAUGUUUCACAGUAAAAAAGUCGCUUAUCAAAUCUCUCGUUACGCUUCACUCACUUUUUGUAUCUCGUUUUGACAAGAUUGAAAUUCCAAUCUCAAAGUCAAUCACGAAACUUGUCAUCGACAAUUCAUCGCAAUCUGCCGAUUUGUCGGCCUUCAAGGCCCUGACUGUUCUUGGUGUUUCUAACUCGCGUAUCAAACUCAAGCUUCCUAAAUCUCUUAAAACCAUUUUCAUAUCAACAAUUAUUCCAGAACUAAUUAACCUCCAAAACGUCAAUGUUGUCGAACUUAAUUUGUUCAGAACGGAUCCCGAAAAAAUGGAUCUCCUUAAAUCCGAGAGUGUAACUCGGUUGUCUAUUCUGCCUUUUGAGAAAAGGAAGUUUGAGGAUUAUCAACAUCUAUUCCCACAACUCCAUCCUCUCUAUUUUAAUUAA